GCGCCCCUCAUCGGACGUCGGAGCGAUGCGCGCGGGCGGCGGCGCGAGCCCCCGACCCGCACCAUUUCCUGCGGCCACCUCCGCCACUGCUACGCUACUAGUACCCGCCUCCGUCGCCAUGCCCCCGCCGCGCCUCGCGCACCUCCGCCGCCUCCUCCUCUCACUCCGCUCCGCCGCUCACCACCCGCUCGCCCGUAACCCCGGGCGCCCGCUCCCCGGGCCGCUUCACCCGUCCCUUCUCCUUCUCCCCCGCGCCAUGGCCGGCGCCGCCCACGCAGGGGUGGCGACGGCGUCGGCGGAGUACGAGGAGGUGCUCGGGUGCCUCGGGUCGCUGAUAACGCGGAAGGUGCGCGCGGACACCGGCAACCGUGGCAACCAGUGGGAGCUCAUGGCCAAGUACGUGCAGAUACUGGAACUGGAGGAGCCCAUCGCGCAGUUGAAGGUGGUUCACGUUGCCGGGACCAAGGGGAAGGGUUCAACAUGCACAUUUGCUGAGUCAAUUCUUCGGUCAUGUGGUUUCCGUACUGGACUGUUCACUUCACCUCACUUGAUGGAUGUCCGUGAACGAUUUCGGCUUGAUGGGCUGGACAUUUCCGAAGACAAGUUUAUAAGGUAUUUCUGGUGGUGCUGGAACAAACUGAAGGACGAGACUGGUAAUGAUGUACCAAUGCCAGCCUACUUUAGGUUCCUUGCACUGCUAGCAUUCAAGAUCUUUUCAGAUGAGAAGCAGGUGGACGUAGCUGUGCUCGAGGUUGGUUUGGGAGGGAAAUAUGAUGCAACGAAUGUGGUCAGAGCACCUGUAGUUUGUGGAAUAUCAUCCCUUGGGUAUGAUCAUAUGGAAAUUCUGGGAAACACACUUGGAGAAAUUGCUGGAGAGAAGGCUGGAAUACUUAAGAAAGGAGUUCCGGCAUAUACAGUUCCACAGCCAGAAGAGGCAAUGUCUGUACUGAUGCGCCGAGCUUCUGAGUUGGGUGUUUCUCUUCAAGUAGUCCAGCCUUUGGACCCACAGAAAUUAGAGGAUCAACCUCUUGGACUCCAUGGUGAGCACCAAUACAUGAACGCAGGUCUUGCUGUUGCAUUGGCUAAUACCUGGCUUGAGAAGCAAGGUCAUUUGGAUAGAAUACAUGUCAAACACUCUGACACCUUGCCUCAUCAGUUUAUCAAAGGGCUGUCAAGUGCUUGCCUGCAAGGUCGAGCACAGAUUGUUCCAGAUCCACAAGUGAACUCAGAAAAUGAUAAGGAUGACAAUUCUUCACUGGUCUUCUAUUUGGAUGGGGCACAUAGCCCAGAAAGCAUGGAAACGUGUGCAAGGUGGUUUGCCCACGUUACAAAUAAUGAUAGAAUACAACUAGGUUCUUUGAAGCAGCCUCAUGCUGACAGGAAUUCUAGGAAGAUUCUCCUUUUCAAUUGCAUGACUGUAAGAGAUCCUCAGAGAUUGCUUCCACGUCUUCUAGAUACAUGUGCUCAAAACGGGAUCCACUUUGAGCAGGCCUUAUUUGUGCCAAACCAGUCACAGUACAACAAGCUUGGUUCCCUUGCAUCACCACCUUCAGAGCGUGAGCAAAUUGAUUUGUCAUGGCAGUUAUCACUCCAAAGGGUGUGGGAAAGCCUGCCUCAUAACAAUGAAGGUCUAAAUGGUGCAAACUCAAGCAGGGCUAGCUCAGUUUUUGAAUCUCUUCCACAGGCAAUUCAGUGGGUAAGGGAAACUGCUCAACAAAACCAAUCGACUCAAUUUCAGGUCUUAGUUACUGGCUCCCUUCACCUUGUUGGUGAUGUAUUAAGAUUGCUCAAGAAGUAACUUCAUUUGGAAUAGCACAUUAUUCAGAUUGAAAUGGCUCCUUACAGAAGGAUUAACUGGAGCCUAUCGUAUUUUUUGAUUGGGAUAUACAAUAUACCAACUUGGUUGGAAGACUGGAAGAAAUUGGAAUGCAUUGUGAAUUUGUGAUUCCAGUGCCAAUCAACUGUAAAUUUGUAUUCUUCUUCUUGUUGUUGUUUUUUUUUGGCAAUGCAUGCCACUGCAGCCUCGAUCCAGAAGAAUGCAACCCAAUUUUGAAAUGUACAAACAGUGAAUUACAUUAUAUCAGUCAUACAAUUCAUUUAUAUUUAUCUGGAAA